AUGGGAAGCAUCAGCCCCAGCGACGCCAUCGCGGCAGACCGCAUGGCCCCGACUGGCAUCAAGGUCAUCGUCGUCGGCGCCGGCUUCGGCGGUCUCGGCGCCGCCAUUGAGUGCCACCGCCAGGGCCACGACGUCGAGAUCUACGAAGCCUUCCCCGAGCUCAAAACUCUCGGCGACAUCAUCUCCUUCAUGCCCAACGCGGGCCGCAUCUUUGCCCGCUGGGGCGCUGGAGAAGUGACGCGGCGCAUGAGGCCACUGAGCAUCGCGCACAAAGGGUUCAACAUCCGCAAGUACGACACGGGCGAGGUGGCGUAUCACCAGCUGGCCAAUGAGUACAGCGCCGACGCGCCGACAGUCAAUGGCCACAGAGGAGAGCUGCAUGAGGUUGUAUUCGAGUAUGCGCGGACGGACCUGGGAAUACCGAUCCACCUGGGGAACCGGAUAGAGGAGUACUUUGAGGACGAGGCCAAGGCCGGGAUUGUGCUUGCUGAUGGCAGGAGGAUCGAGGCAGACGUCGUGAUCGCGUCAGACGGUGUUCGCUCAAAAGCGAGACAGAUCGUACUGGGCUAUGAGGACAAACCAAAGAGCAGCGGUUAUGCUAUCUGGCGGGCAUGGUUCUCCAACAAGGACAUGGUCGCUGACCCCGAAACGGCACACUUCUGCAACAAGGGUGACACCUUCAACGGCUGGAUCGGCCCCAACAUGCACUUCCUCUUCAGCACCAUCAAGAACGGCUCCGACUGCUGCUGGGUCCUCACCCACCCAGAUGACCACAAUAUCGACGAGUCAUGGAGCUUCCCCGGCAAACUCUCCGAGGCCAUCGACGCUGUCAAGGGCUGGGACCCGAUGGUCGCGCGCAUCAUCUCCAAGACUCCCGAGUCCUCCCUCGUCGAUUGGAAGCUCGUCUAUCGCGAUCCUCUGCCCACAUGGGUGAGCAAGCACGCGCGCAUCCUGCUGCUCGGCGAUUCGGCCCACCCGUUCCUGCCCACGUCGGCCCAGGGCGCGACGCAGGCGCUCGAGGACGGCGUAGACAUCGCGACGUGCCUGCGGCUCGGGGGCGGGCCUGCCGAAGUGCCGACGGCAGUCCGCGCGCACGAGCGGAUACGGUACGAGAGGGUCAAAAAGGUCCAAAAGACGGGCGAGUCGACGCGCGAUAUGUGGCACAAGACGGAUUGGGAGGCCGUGAAAAAGAACCCGGAGAGCAUCAAGUUUCCGCGGGAGGACUGGGUGUUUAAGCACGAUGCGCGCAAGCACGCGGAGGACGUAUACGAGCGGACAGUCAGGGGCAUACAGCAGGACCUGCAUGAGCAGCAGAAGCAACAACCGAAUGGUGCGUCAUUGCCAUAG